UCAAGGCAACAACACUGUAACCUCACUUUCAGUCGUAGGCGUGGGAAAGCAGCGGCGCGGUCGAAAAUACUUUUAAGCUUCUCGCUGCAGAACGAUGACGGCCUCCAAUAUCGGCAACGGUCCGGAAAAGAAUUUCAACGCCAAAGAAGAGCGCAAGCUGCGCAAACCCUUGAUAGAGAAGAAACGCAGAGAGCGGAUAAACUCAAGCCUCGAGCAACUAAAGGGCAUAAUGGUGGAUGCCUACAAUUUGGAUCAAUCAAAACUGGAGAAAGCUGAUGUGCUUGAGAUAACAGUUCAGCACAUGGAGAACCUUCAGAGAGGCAAUGGAGCAGGUAGUAGUAAUCAUGGACCAGGCAGUGGGUUCGAGUCUCGACAAAGAUACAGCACUGGCUAUAUACAGUGCAUGCAUGAGGUGCACAACCUGCUCUUGAGCUGCCCCGGCAUGGACAAAUCUUUGGGUGCACGUCUGCUCAACCAUUUGCUGAAGUCUCUGCCCCAUAUCGGUGCUGAGGCCAACAGCACGUGUUCAACUGGUACCUCCGGCUCUCUUCCAUUAUCCCCGACUCAUUCCCCUUUGAACCUGCCCUCCUUACAGGCCCACCCUCUCCACCUGCACACUCCUUCCUCCCCUCCACCACCUUCUUCCCCCUCCAGCCCUUCCCACUCGCCCAGAAUUCCACUUGUCAGAGAGCGAAGUUACUCCGUACCCCAAGAACUGCCCUCUCCCCCGAGGUCUCCUUCUCCUACAGCACAAUCAGCCCUUCCCCCCUUCUUUCUGGGGGGCGAUCCCUCUAUGUGGAGGCCCUGGUGAAUGAAUCCAUCCCAGCCCCCUUUUGCCCUCCUCUUGCCCUUCCUGGCCCUCCCUUCCAUACUUAAUAGUUUCCAUUACACUUGAUCUCUCGGGAGGUUGGAGUGCUUUCCACUCAGAGGGGGCUAAAACAUGAUAUUGGGUUACACAGUCCCCAGGGGGUUUGUUGUAUCAUUUGAAGUACUGUAGUGCAUGCCUGGAUGAUUAUACUAUUUCAUGCUUUGAGGGUUUGAACACAAAUGUGUAAUGACACCAAAGUUGCCCUCAUUGACUGAAAUUUAGAUAUAGUAUGUUGACUGGUCUGCAUCUAGUGUAAUUGCGGUCUUGGCCAUUUUUCAUACAAUUAUUUAGAAUAAGUUUAGAGUAUCUUACUUGGGUGUAUUUUUUGUGCAUUUUAUAUUAUGUUUGCAUUGUUCUUUUAGUUGAGUUGUAGAAAUGAUUUAUUUUGUACCCGGUAGUAAAAGCUUUUUCUUUUAUCUUAAAUGCAAAACUCUGUGGACAAAUGGUGGCUGUGAAAGGGUGGAAUGGAGGAGACGAACAUUUGUGAAAUAAUACUCCAUCCUUGUAUAUUACAAGAAAAGAGGAGUCAGACUAGUACCUCAUAUUGAAGCAGUUAAACAGAACUGUGUAUUGAUUUUACACUGAUAAACAUUAGAAAACGAUUAUGUUGUUAAUAAAUCGUAGUAAAGGCUAUUUAAAAAUAAAGUUCUGUUCACUGUUCUUUCUCUUUUAUGGAUUUGUAAAUUAUCAAGUAAUUUUUACACAUUGAAUCGGUAUCAUUCCUGCACUCACAUAAGUAACUAUUACAGAAUAGGUUUGGAAUUUAGAUUUGUUUCUACAGUCAACUAACCUUCAAUUGUAAUAGACACACUGAAAGCAGCCUACUGCACAAGCCCUUUAUUUUAAAUAAAUUAUAUAACCUACAAUUUUUUGUACAUCACAAUGUACUUUCAGUUCUUAAAUCAAUAAUUUGGACUUUAUGAUUUUUCCCUCAUAUAUUUAACAGAGUAACCAAAAAAGUAAAUCCUUUUUAAAAUGACAAAUCAAUUCAAAAUGCCUGGUUGUUUUCCUCAAAUGAGAAUUUUAUGCAUCAGAGAGAAAGAUGAAAACAGUCCAAGAAUAACAAAAUGUCAAAGUAUGUUUGUGUAACAACAUUUUGACCAAAGCCAGUAGCAUUUGUUCCAUCGUCUAAAAAAAAGCUAUUGCUAAAAUAUCCUCUAGAUGGCAGUGUUGCAUGAAAUAAUAUUUUAUUCUCGCAUGGCACAUUUAGUUAAUGGGAUACUACCAUAGUAGGAAAAUAUACAAUGUUAGUGAAAAGUGCCCCAGAACGGUUUGCUGUCCUACAUUAUUAUAAUAAUAUAUAUUAUAGGCCUACUAUAUAUAUUAUACAAUUAAACUUUGACACUCGGCCCUGUGUCACAGACACAGUUUAGUUUAAGCUUGUUCUUCCUACCUCGUAAUUCAGUUAAUUUAGCUGGAUUUGGUUGUUGACGACUUCGCAUGAUCUUGGAUGGUUCGGUUCUUCAACGCUCAUCCUGGACUUGUUGUCUUAGCAACAGGCCCAUUAGCUUUAAUUAAUUUAGCUUUCGCUUUUAGAACAAUAUUUAUUGUAAUAUAAUAUAUUUAGAACAAAUUGUAUGUUUCUUUGCUGUGAAAAGUCUUCGAUGAGGACCGAAAUAAAU